AUGCUUUCACCGAACUCUCUCGCUGUCCCAAGACAGGCUCCUCCAGUGAGACCAUCUCGAUCACUCGAGGGACUAGAGAAAGUCGUGCCUCCACAUCCACCUCAGCCUGCUGCUCGGUCAGCACUUCGUUUGGAUAAGCCUCUCCCCGAGCUGCCUGCGAAACCACUACCCGAUACACCCUCGAUGGAGAGUUCAACGGGAUGGAGCGACGACAGCAGCACAGAUGUCAGCUUUGAAACUCGUCGUACAUCUGAUGCGUCAUCAGAAGGCUACCCAGUUUGUGUUCGUUCACCCUCGGAUAAUCUGGACGAAUUCGUCGAACAUUCUCCUAUCUCUAGUAUAGAUCGCUCUUCCCCCGUGAAGCCUUAUAACAAACCAGAACCAUCGCCUCUGAUGCUCACCACAUUGUGUGAUGAUAAUCACCGCCAUCGGCCUUUACCGACGGCAACUCGUGCCGUUCCUAAUCAUUAUUUUAGAGAGAAAAAGUGGGAGUUCUUUCCAGAGCUUGCGAUGCCAUCAGAACUGCCACCUGGGUAUCCCAAGUUUCCACCUGCGCCUCGGAAGCAGAACAGCAGUCGGCUGAACCUAGCAGCGUUCGACUUUACGAAGAUAAGUCCCCGCUGUACUUCGCCUGACAAGCGAGCACUUGCCCAUGAUGUACGCAAAUCUAUCCGCUCCUAUGUACAACGAAGGCUAUCCAAGAACUCCAUUGAUAAGACCAAGCCCAAGCGACGAUCACGAGCGUCGACAGCUCCCUCUGAGUUUCCUGAAGAAUAUCGAUGCUCCCGGAAGACUUCUUCGAGCAACUACUCUAACUAUUCUGAUCGUGGAAGCACAGGGCCGCAGCAGAACUUUCUCUACCUCUCUGCCGACCUGAAGCGGCUCUCGAUGAGCAGCAGUUCAAGUGAGGACGAAAGUGACAGAACAGUGAACUCGAUAACACCCUAUCAGAAGAAACAGCCAGUCGUUCGCAUUUCAGCUUACCAAAGGUAUGGACCAGCCACGCGGGAGAAGCCCGGACGUGAAAAGAGGAUCAGUUAUCGGCAAAAGGGCAAUGUAAGAUUUCCGAAAUAUCGGAAACAACCCACAACCUUUCGGUAUGAAACAUCUUCGAAGACCGGCCAAUCAACAUGCUCUACACUACAGCAAGGCACUCGAUUCUGCGUGAGAGUGUUGCAGGAUGGAACGAGUCAUGUCCUAAUAGCGCUGGAUGGAGCGAGACAGAAGAUAAUUCAGGCUCAAGUCGAUCGAAGACGAAGACAAUUGAAAUCCAAGAUCAGAUUAAUUGGUCCGGUCAAUCCAUACACUACCUAUGGUCGGGUUGAUCCCUGGAUAUGA